AUGAAAUAUGAUGGACAAGGCUGUGUUAGAGCUCACAUCAUGAAUAUGAUUGAUAUAGGGACUAAGCUACAGGAACUGGAAAUGAAUGUGGAUGAAGAUAUGAUGGUGCACUUUGCUUUGAAUUCACUACCUAAGGAGUUUAAGAACAAAGGUACUACUGCUGGAAGAGAAAAGGAAAAGGAGAAUAACAAUUUGAAGGCCUUGAAACAAGUGGGACUGAAAUGCUUUUUCUGCAAGAAAAAUGGACAUAUGAAGAAGGAAUGCAGGAAAUACAAGAAAUGGUUGGACAAGCAAAAGGCUAAAGGGGUUAACAAGGGGAAGGUUGCCAAGCAAGGAUGA